AGGAAAAAGUUCAAACAAUUUAAAAUAAUUUAUGGUCCAAACUUUUUCUCAUAAGUUACAACCCUAUAUAUACACACACAAACGCACGUAAUACUACCACGAUUACAAUCUAAAACAAAUUGUAUCACCAAGAAAAAGAAAAAUGAAGGCAUGGGGAUUAAUUUUGCUAGUUUUUCUGCUAAAUAUCCAAGAAAAACCAGUAAAAGCAGAGGAUGGAUUCAUCACAACAAAAGGGGUACAAUUUUGGUUAAAUGGGAUCCCAUUUUACUCAAAUGGAUUCAAUGCAUAUUGGUUAAUGUAUGAGGGUUCUGAUCCUUCUCAAAGACACAAAGUUUCAGGUGUUUUUCAACAAGCUUCAAAUCAUGGCCUCUCUAUUGUUAGAACUUGGGCUUUUAGCGACGCCGGUUAUCGACCGCUUCAAUACUCCCCUGGUUCUUACAAUCAACAAAUGUUCCAAGGUUUAGAUUUUGUGUUGGCUGAAGCAAAGAAGUAUGGGAUUAAGGUGGUGUUAAGCUUGGUGAACAAUUAUGAUGAAUAUGGAGGGAAGAAACAGUAUGUGGAGUGGGCUAAGAGCAAAGGACAGUCUUUGUCAUCUAAGGAUGACUUCUUCACUAAUCCUGUUGUUAAGGGAUUCUACAAAAAUCAUAUUAAGACUGUAUUAACAAGAGUAAAUAGCAUUACUGGAGUUGCUUACAAAGAUGAUACAACAAUUAUGGCUUGGGAGCUUAUGAAUGAGCCAAGAUGUCCUUCUGAUCCUUCUGGAAAAGUACUUCAGGAUUGGAUCAGUGAGAUGGCUUCCUAUCUAAAAUCAAUAGAUGCAAACCAUCUUCUUGAAGUUGGACUAGAGGGUUUCUAUGGAGAUGACAAGAAGCAAUACAAUCCAAACACCGGCAAAGAAGGAACAAACUUCAUUGCUAAUAAUCAGGUUCCUGGUGUGGAUUUUGCUACAGUCCAUUCAUACCCGGAUCAAUGGCUCAAUGGUUCUACUGGUGAAGCACAACUCUCCUUCCACCAGCAGUGGGUGCAGCAACAUAUUAUGGACUCACUAAACAUCCUUAAGAAGCCAGUCAUAUUUGCAGAGUUUGGUAAAUCAUAUAAAGUCUCAGGCUACACCCCAUCUGACAGGAACCAACUCUACAAUAUCACCUACGCUUCCAUCUAUUCAUCGGCCAGCAGAGGCGGACCUGCAGCUGGUGGGUUAUUCUGGCAUCUCUUAACUAAGGGAAUGGAUAAUUUCCGAGAUGGGUAUGAAAUAGUUUUCGAAGAAGAAUCAUACAUAGCAGGUAUAAUAUCUGAACAAUCACAGAAACUUUCUGGGCUAAGGAAGAAGUAUGCUCAGCUCAGAGAUACCGAGAAGAACAAAUACUAGAAUUAGUGGAUGUACACAAUUUUAAAACCCUUUGCUGCAAUUUCGGGAUUUUAUUAGCCUCUUAUACCAUGAUUAUCUAAGUUUAUAUACACAUGAGGUAAGCUCGUGGUUUAUGUUA